AUGUGGGAUAGGGAUUUUGAUGAAUGUCGUCGGCGUCGCAGGGGUUGUAAGUCUGGGAUUCUGGUUGAUCGGGUGGCAAUGAAGACGAGUUGCUCCGAGUGUGGUCUUGAUUAUGGUCUCGGUGAUUGUGGUCUCUCCUCCGUCCUCCCCACCGACCCGAAGAAUAGUUCCGAUGUUGGUAAUUUGCAGAGCCGUGGCUCAAAUUCCCUCGCCGCUGAGCCUAACAAUGAUUCCUCCGAUGAUCUCCUGGCCGAUGAUCAAGCAGAUUUGCAGAAUCUUGGCCCCGAUCCCGUCUCGCUCGCAUCUAUGUCCGAUAGCUUGGAUCUUCCUCCGAUUGUCAAGAAUCAGGCUAAUGAGAUCUAUCAGAAAGUGGAGUAUAAAGGAAGAGAAAAGGAUCGAAAUGCGUUUUUCGCUGCUUGUAUCUAUGUUGCGUGUCGACAAGAGGACGGCAUGACUCGGUCUAUUAGGGAGAUUUGCUCUGUUUCCAAUGGAGCCACAGUUCCAAAUGUUUCCAAGGCAGUUGGGGUCAUAGCUGAUACACUGAACAUCGACAAAAAUUGGUUGAUGCUUAUCAAAGCCACUGACUUGAUAAAGAGGUUUUGCUUUAGCCUUGAAAUGGUUGACCAAGCCGUUCAAGCUGCUCAACAAGUUGCCAAAAAUUCUGAAAGUGUUGAGAGGAGUAGCUCUCCUGUAUCAGUUGCAGCCGCAGUCGUAUAUGUCAUUGGUCAAUUUUAUGAUGACAAGCUGAUGCCCCAAGAUGUUGCAAACGCCACUGGAGUUGUAACGAAAACGAUAGUGGACACAUACAAUGACUUGUAUCCAGAGCUGUCAACAAUAAUACCGAAGUGGGUUGCCACGGAAGAGGACCUGAAAAUACUUGCCAAGCCUUAG